UAACUUACAAUAAUUAUUAAAACUUUGCUAUUAUUUGAAUCAUCGUUACGCUGUUAUUAUCAUGAAAGAGUCCCAUGCCUCUUGAUAACCUCACAAAAUUUGAUAAUUUGAUAAUUUACUUAUUUUCAGCGUCUAUCCUUGAAAUACAGAUUGCGAUUUUUUUGUUUGGCAUCGUUAUGUUCACGAAACGAUGUGUAACGAUAACAUCAUCGUAUCACUAAUGUAUCACAAAAUAGGCAUACUGCACAUAUGUAUAUGUAUGUAACAUGAUAAUCGGUAACAAGUUUUUAUGUUUUUUUCCGACUGCGAUAUUUAACGGUCGCUUGGAAGAUAUAAGUAGCGAUUCAUAUUGGGGCAUCAAUGUCAGUUCACAAAACUGUGCAUCAAACGUGUCUUAUUAGUGAAAGAAAGACUAUGAAGUUAUUCGAGCUGUUAAUCUGCCUGAUGGCGAUUGCCAUGGUUGCUUAUGCCAACACUAUUGCUGACAUAGCUUUAUACGGUGGAUCGUUGUCCACCGCGGAUUUACAACAAUGUUAUGAGUUCGCAAAUCUAACGGAAGCUGAUGUCAUUACACACGCGGAAAUAAAGGAUGGAUCGUAUAAGAAUUCAGAAAACGCAGAGAAACUGAAGAAAAGUGGUUGUCUCACAUUGUGCAUAUUACGUAAACGAGGCCAGAUUAUCGAUUCGGAAAUUCAAACGAACAAACUAUAUGGCAAAUUAGCAAACGCUCUUUUAAAGCCCGGUAUGCAAGCUGAAAUGUACGCAACUAUAAACCGUUGCGUCGACCAAGUUAAGACAACACCGGACAUGUGCGAUAAGUCUUUCAACCUACUUACAUGCAUUUGGAAAGACUUGAUUUAAAUAUUAAUCAAAUCCACAAACAAUAAAUCUGUUACUUUAUAGUAAUUAUAACAGUAAAAUUACAUAAAAAUAGUUGUAAUAUCUGUUAAUAAAUAAAUAAAGAUUUGAGUUUAUGUAAUCAAGGCCCUGAAUUGCUGUAUCUUAUUCGUAUUGUAAAGUAGCUAAAUACUUAUAAAGUACACACAUUCUCUUUAAUGUAUUGUAUUUCUAGAUAAGAUGUCCUGCAUAAGGUGUCCAUCCGCUCGCACACAGGUAGAGCGGGUUAAACUAAAAAGAAAAGUUACGUACUACUUUGUAAAAUUCCCAAUAAUUAUCGAGUAAUUAAUUAAAACAUCUGAGCGAAUAAGCGUGGUGGGAAAAAACAGUGAUCG